AUGGUGAUUGUGAAGUACGCCACUCAAAGCAGCUACGAGAACCCAUCUCUCAUGUAUAGCCCUACGCACUUUCCGUACAGAAGCACUUUGGUGAAAGAAGAGAGAGGAUGGAGAGCAGUUGAAGUUUCAAAGAAGUACUCCGAGAAGGCAGACCCUUUUGAAGAGUUUGCAGAAGGAGAAAAGGAAGUGGUUACAGCCAUUUCAGCAAAGCCAAUUCCACUUUGGAUCCUUGGCACCCCUUACGCAGCUGGAGACCGAGCAGAGCAAGAAAGUCAUGGUCGUGACUACUGGAAAAUGGACCUCGAGAAGGGAGAAGUUGUUCGUCACCACGUAGUACCAAGAACUGUGCUGUUUGACCCGACAGGAGUUGCUAACUGUCCUGUCCUCCUUGGAGAUCUCGAGAACAGCAGGUAUACCCAAGGAGACUGCAUCUACAGUACGGAGAUCUACGAACACAGCGACGACUGGAGAGCAGACCGGCUACCUCUACGUGAACACUUUCGUUUGCCGUGGUUUGGUCAAACAAGGUUCCGUGUGAAGCCAGAAGUUGUUGAAGACCUAAAAGCAGAAGCUGCAGCAGAGGAGCUAAAGAAGAAGAAGGAAGAACACUACAAAGAGAAGGAAGAUUCAGCAGCACCACCAGAAGCGGAGGAGAGUAAAGACGAAGAGAUGAGAGAAGCACCAGCAGACCAAGAAGCACCACAAGAAGUUGUUGAAGUUUUGGAGGAAAGCUUCUACCACGAAGGCGUCGAGUACACAGCGCAGAAAAGCAGUCUUAAGGAACUACAAGCACUUUGCAGAGAGUACAGAGUGAAGACAACAGGAAGCAAGAAGCAGCUCUUGAAGAGACUCGCCACAGCAGUCAGAGAAGAAAGACUCAGCACGCAACAUAAGGAACAACGGGAACACCACCAAGCAUACCACCUAGCACCACCACAGGAACCAACGGAAGAGGAGAGAGCGUACCACAACUUGACGCACCUUCCGUAUCAGCCUUGGUGUCCCCAUUGCGUUGCUAUGAAAGCACGAGAAGACAACCACAAGAAAGGAUUGAGCAAGCCAAGCAGCUCUACGGAUUCCGCGAAGCCCGUCAUCAGUUUUGACUUUUGCUAUACAAGCACCACAGGAAGUGAAGAGCCACCAGCAGUGACUCUUGUCGCUGUGGACAGCUGGAGCAAGGCAGUUCUUUCGGAACCAAGCUCACCCAGCAAGCUACGAAAGCAGGUCAACAGAGCAGAGGAAACAGACGGUUACCUCAACAUGCCUCAUGAUGAUGAAGUCUACGAAGCAGAUGAUGAGUUUGUGUACGAGUCGGAAGAAGAAGAGGAGACAGAGAGUGAACCAACGGAAGUUUCUACCAAGGUCCCUGUCGAGUUCUUCGACGAGGAGAAAGGACCACCGAACGUGGAUCCGGCUUUUCUUCAGAAGUUGGAUGAUGAAGCUACAGUCAAGGAAAUCAAGAGGUUAACAAAGAUGGGAGUUAUUUCGUUGGUUUCUACGGACCCUCAGGAAGCAACUGAGAACGUACCUCUGGUAGAUUCAGAGCAAGAACUUCACAAGUGGUUGACAACGAAGUUGGUGAAAGAUUGGAGGUUCAGAGAAGCUACAGGUUUUGAAGCUGAAGAAGCCAAAGAAGGAACAACAAAGCCCAAGCAGAUUCAAAGAAUUACAAAACUGGUGCCCAUGCUGGCUCUCGCCAACCAUUGGGCGAUCUACAGUGUCGACGUGAAGGUCAACGCGACGCAUCCAGUCUUUGGUCAGACUUUUGUGAUGGUCUUUUGGUGGAAGAGAAGUUUGAGCGUUGUACAGCAGUUCCAGCACUUUACCGUCUUCUACGACAAGGUGAACUACGACGUGGACUCCUUCGACGAGGUUGAGGAAAGCCUGGAGAAGGUAAAGGAGGAGUUCGGAAACCAAGAGACAGAGUUUGAGGAGACAGUGAAAAGGUUUUUGAAGAAGCAGAAGGAGGUGAAGGAAAAGGAAGACAAAGUUACAGAAAGAGAAGAGAAGUUAGAGAAAGACCAAGAGACCCUCCAAGAGCAAGCCAAGGUCUUAAGCGAGAAGGAGACAGCCCUUGAAGAAGCUGAGGAGAACGUCAAAGCAAAGGAAGCAGAGGUUGAAAAGAAGAAGAAAGAGGCAGAGAAGAGAGAGAGAAAAGCCCAGGAAAGAACCGCCGGCUACGACCAGGAGAGAGAAGAGUACGCCAAGAAGUACGUUGACGACGCAAAGAAGGACUUGGAGAGAGAGCUUAAAGUGCUAAAGCAAGAAGAGAAAGUAAGGAACCAGAAGCUCGACGACCUCCAGUACGACUACAAGAGCCUCAAGGACGACUACCAGUACUUCAAAGGUUACUCACAAGAAGUGGACGCACUUCUACUUGCAGCUAAGGACAAGAUCGUGAAGUACAAGAAGAAGGUCAAAAGCCUCAAGGAAACCAUAGGUGCAGCCCUGUCUGGAAGCGAAGGUGAAGAAGAGACAGAAGAAGCGUACAAGAGCAAAGCAGAAGAAGAGAAAGAGAGGAAAGAAGCGCAAGCAAAAGAGGAAGAGAAGAAGAAAGGAAAAAGGCCAAAGCAGGUAGAGACAGAAGACCAAGAAGAGAAGCCGUCAAGCAACCAAGGAGACGAGGCUACCGUCGACCCGAACGACAUAGCCGAGUUCACACAGCUUGGCUACGUGUGGGAGUUCAACAAGAAGACGCAGGAGUACCGCGCGAAGUGCGAGGACAAGAAAGGAAGCACGAGAAUCAAGAACGCUCCGGUGAAAGGCCGCCUCCUUUGGAACAAGGUGACGGAGUGCUACAGGAAACACAACAUUUGGUUUACAGACGGAAAGGAAUUGGAUAAAUUCCUCGAGACCAAGGAGAACGAGAAGAUCGAAGAAGAGGUGCAGCGACGCAUCGGCAUGAAGGGCAAGAACGACAACACAGGAAGCAAAGAAAAAGACCCUUCCUGGGGACGACGAAGAGUGGCGCAGAACCAGUGGGACCAGUGGACACCCAAAGGAAAGGGUGAAGGAAAGAAGACCCAGUGA